AUGAAUCAAAAUCCUCAACCUGCUGAUGAGGUAGAAGAAGAAAUAGAUGCACAGCAGCAGACAACACCUCAACAGGAUAUACCAAGCACUUCUACUAGGCGCAGAAGAAGGCCUUGUAACCCGACUACUGAAGAUCUUUAUGAGGCAAUGAUGGAUCAAAACCAAAGGAUGACAGAUAUGAAUGCUCAGCUUACCCGCCAAUCCCAACAGGCCACUGAUAUCCAAGCUCAGCAAACUGCAAUGAUUGACCAAGAUCAGAAUCAGAAGAAGAAAAAUAGUUUCAUAAUCCGAAUUUUGAUUCAACAAACUUCCUCUAUUUUUGCCGACUUUUCUUUUUGGAAGAAUCAAGGAACAUGGAUCAGGAGAAUUCUGGAACUUCAGAUGAUCUUUUUUGCCACUAUCAGUUUGAAAAUGGUUGCUUCAUGCAAUGGGUUGAUUCUCUUAUCUGGUUAUGUCACUGAUCAACCCUGCUACUAUGUGGUCAAUCCUCUUAUAAAAGAAUCUGUUACGAUCCCUCAACCUUGUAUUCAAGAACAUGUUAUUCGAGUUGGUUUAGCUUCGGAUGAUUAUAACCAAUUUAAGAUUGUUCUUGUUGAAGAAAAAUCUUGUUCCCAAUUGAUGAAUGGACUGGAAGUUCAUGUGUUUUCUUCUGACACAAGCGAAUGGAUAAAGGUAAACCAUUCCGUCGAUUUAACUCUGCCUCCGUUGCCAGAAUUCGAGUUUAAGGAACUAUCCACACAACCUCUUUAUUCAAAUGGUUCAAUCCAUUGGGAAAUAGGUGGAAAGUUACUGGUGUAUCAUGUCGAAGAAAACAAGUGUGAACUAAUUGAACUUCCGGAUUUUUCCAAAGACUGGCCAUGGCAAUCGACGAUGAUGUAUCGCCGAAGUUUGAGCGAAUCGAGCGGCUGCGUUUACUAUUGUUACACUGAUUUAGAUGGUUUUCACAUUUGGGAGCUUCUUGAGGAGAAUUAUGAUCUCGGGCCGUUCUGUGAUUCUGAAAAUUUUAGGUGGAAAUUAGUCCACACUGUCAUGCACGAGACUUUGGCCUCUAGGCGUGACAAAUUUGGUGACACAUUAUUCGAAUGGGAGCCGCUCACGCCGAUUGCUUAUAGUGAACAAGCAAAGACUAUAUAUUUGCAGAUUCCAGGUGCUGUUGUUGGUUAUGAUUUUGACACAGAAAGUUUGAGAUUGAUUUGUAGAUAUUCAUAUCCAGAUAUGAAUUUCAACUGCUGCUCAUUUCUAUGUUCAACUAGUUUUGGGACUCAUAAUGUGCCUAGAGAAGAUAACAUGGUGACUGAUGGACAAAAAAUGGAGCUGAUUUUACCACUAGAAGAUAUUGAAAUUUUGUUUGUUUAG